CACGUCCUGACAGUCCACAGGGCGGAGGGGCCUCUGGCCAGGCUGCUGAUGCCCUGUCCUGGCGUUCCGCAGUUCGAGUUGGACAUUGAGCCCAAGGUGUUGAAGCCACCAGGCGGCGUGGAGGCCCCGAACGACAGCCAGGAGUUCCCCUUCCCGGAGCUGCCCUCCAAAGCGUGGCCGCAGGACGAGUAUGUCGUGGAGUACUCGCUGGAGUACGGCUUCCUGCGGCUGUCCCAGGCCACGCGACAGCGCCUCAGCAUCCCCGUCAUGGUGGUCACCCUGGACCCCUCGCGGGACCAGUGCUUCGGGGACCGCUUCAGCCGCCUGCUGCUGGCCGAGUUCCUGGGCUACGACGACGUCCUCAUGUCCAGCGUCAAGGGCCUGGCCGAGAACGAGGAGAACAAGGGCUUCCUGCGGAACGUGGUGUCCGGCGAGCACUACCGCUUCGUGAGCAUGUGGAUGGCUCGCACGUCCUACCUGGCCGCCUUCGUCAUCAUGGUCAUCUUC